AGCGCGCAGCCCCUGUGCCCUGGUUUCUGGGCGCGGCUGGCUGGAUUUAGCGCCUGGUUCCCGGCCUGCUGCACCGGCAGCGGCCUACAGCGGGCUGAGGAAAGCGGGGGUUUCUCGGGGGGCCCCGCGGCCCGGUUACCGUAACGAGGGCGCAGCGCCGGGACUGGGACCGCGGCGACUCUCUCCCGCCCUUCGAGCGCGGGCUGCGGCGCUUGGGUGGCUCUGCCCUGGGGGAAGGCGUUCGAGCGCAGCAGCAGGGCCGACGGCCGGGGAAGGCUGAGGGCCUAGGCCAUAGCAACGCCCGCCGCACCUGCUACCCGCGCUGACCUCCCCAUGAUGGCGCCGGAGAACUACCCGAACGCGUUCGCGCUUCACGGCACUGUCGCAAUCAUUCAGGCAGUCUGAGCUCAGCUGCGCUUUACGGCAAGAUGGCGGGGCCGGGCUGUGGGUGGUUUAUGGGCCCGCUCGGUGCUUCGUAAUCUGCUUCCCCUGUCCCGGCGCAGGGGCGCCAUGGACCGUAGGAAGAAGCCGCUGGAGGUCACAGUCGCCUCGUUGGUAGAUUUAAAGGCUGAACUCUUCCGAAAGCAAGAAGAAUUCAAGAAGGAAAAACUUCUGAAAGAUGCUGGAGUCUCUGUAAAACCCCAAACAACAAACAAGAAACCAAGUAUUUGGAAUAAGCAGAACACAGGGGUUUCAAGUCGAGCUGAGAAAGAUGUUGAGCAGAAGAUAGAAGAAGAUCAAACGUUAGAGAAAGCGAGGCAGAAGCUGGAAGAGAAAGCAAAGCUGUAUGAGAAGAUGACAAAAGGAGACUUUCCAGAUGAAGAAACUGAGGAUUUGUACCUUGUGGAUUUCACUCAGAAGAUCAUAGACAAACGGAGAGAAAUAAAAGAUCUGUGCGAGAGUGAAGCUGCUAGAAAGGCAUCAGAACAGGAGGAAAAUGAAGAGAAGACACUACCUGAAAUAGAAAUACCACCCCCAAAGGACCCCAGUGAAGAAUGGGUUGAUUAUGUGGAUUCCUUGGGCCGAUCUAGACGCUGUAUGAAGAAGGAUUUGCCAAAUCUGCUUAAAAUGGAUAAAGAACUUCAGGGGAAAAGACAAGGCAUUGAGGAGAAGACUCUAUUGUCUGAAGAUAUGAGACGAGAACUUCAGCGGCAGCAAUGGGAAAGAGAGGAAGAAGAGGCCCUAAAGAAACCUGUGGGACCCAUACAUUAUGAGGACAUUAGAGAAAACGAGGCCAGACAACUAGGCGUUGGCUACUUUGCCUUUGCUCGUGAUAGAGAACAGAGAAAUAAGCAAAUGGAGACUUUGGAAAUGCUGAGAGAGCAGACCACAGACCAAAGGACUAAACGUGAACAUUUAAAGGAAAAACGAAAGGCAGUUCUGAAAACAAGGCUUUCUAAACUUAAAGCAAGAAAAAUAAAGAGACUAAGAGAAGAUGGACUAGAGGAAGAGGCAAACAAACUGGAAAAUGAAGAAGAGGAAGCAAUUAUUGGACCACUACCAGCUGAACCAGAAGCCCCUGUGGCUCCAAGAGUUGCAGAAAGUAGAAAAGUGGAGGUCAUCAUUCAGGAGAGAAAAGAUACAAAGGCUGGUGUGCCCUAUGUUCGAGAGUGGGAUAAAGGGAAAGAGUUUACUUUUGGACAAUGGUCAAAGAAAUGUGCAGAUGAACGAGAUCCAGAAUUUGCACCACCUUCCAAUUACUUUGUUUGUCAAAAGAAAGCCAAUAACUACCAAAGCCGGAGUUGGAACAAGCUUGGAUCCUCUCCUGAGAAACUGGGACAGGAGUCAACACAGAACAAGCAGUUUCCAUCGAUGCAGAAUUACCGCAACAGCUCAGAGGAUCAACAACCAGUUUACCAAAGUCUAGAUGACAUGUUGUCUUACUACAAACAAAUGACUUGAGCUUAUCAAAAGCAUAAGCAAGAAUCUUAACUUAAAUAAAUGAAAUAGAAUUAUGUUCUUAGCAUUCACCUAUUGUUUUCCCCAGAUUUGGGGGAAAUAAGGUUCCUGUAAGUAGAUAUGUUAUUAAUUAAAGAAAUCUGUCAUGUGAAGUAAGGCUGUCUGAAAUGUAUCACGCAACAGCCACACAUUUGCUACAUCAGUCCUGUAUUGUAUUAAAAGGAUAAGUUUUGAUGGUGGUAUUUCAUUGUGGAAUUUGACACUUAUUCUUUACUCUAUAACCCUAUUCUUUGUCAUUGUCCUGCAUUUUGCCCCUAUUUUGAAAUUUACAAAUAGAGAUGUUAUUUUAACUAGA